UCGCCACGCGUUCCUCCACCCGUCCCCCAACUGGCGAGCGCCAUGGGCAGACGAAUCAAAUGCGCCAUCCGAUGCGCUGGGCCCAGCAAACCUCCGCGUAUCCUGAAGUCCAUUUUGCUGAAGUUCAUCCGGGACCUGGUGAGGGAUCCUCAAAGGAGCAGGCCUCUGCGCCACUCUCUGGUGCUCGUGGUGAAGAAGCGCUGCUGCCCCUGCCGCGCCGCCGAGCCGGGCCUCUCCGCCGAAAACAGGUCAUGAAGCUUGGGAGCCCCAGAGUGGCGGAGCUGCUGCUGCAGAGCGGAGCGGACCCCAACCGGCCAGACCCCUCCACCGGCUGCCUCCCGGUUCACGAUGCUGCACGCGAGGGGUUCCUGGAUACCCUGCAGGUGCUGGAGUUAGGCGGAGCACGACUCGACCUGCCGGACCAUGAAGGCCGCCUCCCUAUUGACCUGGCUGCAGAGUGUGGGCAGAACCACGUGGUCACCUACCUUUUGGGCUGA